ACAAUAUUACAUGGAUAUGUUUUCUGAAUUCAGCAGAGACGAUUCUGAUUUAUUCUGCGGAGAUCAUUUAGACAAAUCACUUAUUCAGUAUUGCUUCAUGGAUUUAAUUCAGAGAGAUCUCGACUCCUUGCAGUUGACGUGGAAUACUCACACUCUCCAGUCAAAGCAAAACUACGGAACGGAACGACAGCGACCAAUACUUCUCUAUACUAUGCCUGAGCUGUACAAUGCCGAAGAAAGACUUUGUCGUGUGGAAGACAAUGAAAUUGAUAUAUGUGAAGAAGAGACCGUUUAUAGGACAAUACUCUGUGAUGAAACCAUUGCCUGUUUAUGCGAAAUGAUAAGAAGAGAAAAUAAUCUUCAAAAACCAUCCUAUGCAGAUGAGGCGAAAGAUCUGUAUAAAAGACUAAGACGCUUAAUUCGCUUUGAACUUGAAAGCAUGGAUGUAUAAUA